AUCACAGAGGCAUCACAUGAACUUGUGUUUGCGUGCUCUGGACGUGCGUGCGAAGUUCUUACGCAUGACGUACGAACUGUUACUCUUAAAACAUGCGUGGGGGGCUGUAAAAUCAUCAUCUGGAUGAAAAGAGAUUUAUGAAAUUGCAUCAGUGACCGAAUUGCAUCACUGACUGUCGAAUAAUAAAGUUCGCACGUCUAACAGAGCUGAACCAGGAAAACAGACCGCAGCUCUACUGUAACAGUUACAGCGCGGUGUUUCAUCAAACAGACCUGAAGACUCAGACACACAGAGGACAGUCCUGAAAAGAUAAACGCUAGCAUGGCAGGACGACUACACCCACAGCUGCUGCUGUCCAGACAGUACUGCAGAGUCUUUUCUGUCAUUAACUCACAAAUUCACACCAGCUCUGGGCUGGCCUCCAAGGACCACUACAAAGUUCUGGUGCUCGGUGGUGGGAGCGGUGGCAUAACAAUGGCCGCACGCAUGAAGAGAAAGGUCGGAGCCAAAAACGUGGCCAUUGUGGAGCCUAGUGAGGUGCAUUACUAUCAGCCGAUAUGGACAUUAGUUGGCGCAGGGGCCAAAAGUGUUGCAUCUUCUGCACGAUCAACAGCGAGUGUGAUUCCAUCCGGGGUGACGUGGGUCAAGUCCAAAGUGGCAGAAUUCGAUCCUGAGAACAACACUGUCCACACAGACUCUGGGAAAAAGAUUUCCUAUGAUUAUCUGAUUGUAGCUCUUGGCCUGGAGCUGCACUAUGAAAAGAUCAAGGGCCUACCCGAAGGCUUUGAACAUCCCAAAAUCGGGUCAAACUACUCCGUGAAAACAGUGGAAAAGACAUGGAAUGCCCUGAAGAACUUUAAGGAGGGCAAUGCUUUGUUCACCUUCCCAAACACUCCCGUCAAAUGUGCAGGAGCUCCUCAGAAAAUCAUGUAUCUCUCUGAUGCCUUCCUGAGAAAGACAGGAAAAAGGUCCAAAGCCAACAUUAUUUAUAACACCUCCUUACCAGUGCUGUUUGGGGUCAAGAAAUACGCCGAUGCCUUGUGGGAGAUUGUGAAGAAGCGGGACCUUAAUGUAAACCUCAGGAACAACCUCAUCGAGGUCAGGGCCGACAAACAGGAAGCUGUUUUUGAGAAUCUGGACAAACCUGGGGAGACAGAGGUUUACAAGUAUGAGAUGAUCCACGUUACCCCUCCGAUGGGACCACCUGCAGUGCUGAAAGGCUCUUCGCUGGAAGACGAGGCCGGCUGGCUGAAUGUCAAUAAGUACAACCUUCAGCAUAAGACUUACGCCAAUGUAUUUGGUAUCGGAGACUGCACCAAUCUACCCACAUCCAAAACGGCAGCAGCAGUAGCUGCUCAGUCUGCAGUACUCGACCGAACUGUCAGCAGAAUCCUGAAGAAACAGACGCCGGAUAAGUCAUAUGAUGGCUACACCUCCUGUCCACUGGUCACCAGCUACAACACAGUGAUCUUGGCAGAAUUUGAUUAUGACGGUCAGCCGCUGGAGACCUUCCCCAUAGACCAGAGCAAAGAGAGCAGGAUCAUGUACCACAUGAAAGCUGAUAUCAUGCCUCAUCUGUAUUGGCAUGGACUUCUCAAGGGAGUUUGGGGAGGCCCAGGACCAUACCGGAGAAUCAUGCAUUUGGGAAUGAAAUAGAACAGACCGAUAUUUGGGAACAAAGCAAAAAUGUAUUCUUUCUCAUUAAUACCAUUUGUUCUUUGAUAGUGCUUACUUUGCUUAAGCGAAUAUCCAGAGAUGCCUGCUUUAAAAUAUAGUUUGCUAGUUUUGUAUAAUUGCCAAUUACAGUGCUAUAGAAUACUUGUGGCUAUGGCAAUAUCCAUGGCAUGUGCUUGUGAUUAAAAACACAUUCUACUUCUGA